AUGGCCAAAACACAGAUCCUAAUAAUCUUUGUUUUGCUUCUUAUUGGGUUGCUUACUGGAAGCCAUGGAAUUGUAGUAGCAAAUGAAGAAGAAGAAGCUGAUAGGAUUGUGGGGCUCCCUGGACAACCCAACGUCUCUUUUCAGCAGUUUUCUGGAUAUGUCACUGUAAAUCACCAUGUUGGCAGAGCCCUCUUUUACUGGCUCACUGAGGCUGCUCAUGAUCCCUUGUCGCAACCUCUUGUUGUUUGGCUCAAUGGAGGCCCUGGUUGCUCUUCUGUGGCAUAUGGUGCAUCGGAAGAGAUAGGACCCUUUAGAAUAAACAAGAGUGCUUCGGGGCUAUACUUGAACAAGUUCUCAUGGAACUCUGUGGCCAAUCUCUUGUUCUUGGAAACCCCGGCUGGCGUCGGCUUCUCCUACAGCAACCGCUCCUCCGAUCUCUUUGACACCGGUGACGGUCGCACCGCAAAGGACUCAUUGCAAUUCUUGAUCCGAUGGUUGGAUCGAUUCCCACGAUACAAGGGCCGAGAAGUAUAUCUUACAGGCGAGAGCUAUGCUGGCCAUUAUGUCCCUCAGCUGGCCAAAGCAAUUUUGACCUACAAUUCACAAUCCAAGCACCCAAUCAAUCUUAAAGGAAUAAUGGUGGGUAAUGCAGUGACAGAUAACUACUAUGAUAACCUAGGGACGGUGACAUACUGGUGGAGCCAUGCCAUGAUCUCUGAUAAAACCUACCGGCAGCUGAUCAACACGUGCGAUUUUCGCAGGCAGAAGAACUCCGAUGAAUGCGAAUCAUUGUAUAGCUACGCCAUGGAUAAGGAGUUUGGAAACAUAGACCAGUACAACAUUUACGCACCCCCUUGCAACAACUCUGAUGGAAGCACUUCUACAAGGCAGAGUAGCAUGCGUCUGCCUCAUCGACCGAUGUUCCGGCAACUAUCUGGCUAUGAUCCUUGUACGGAGAAAUAUGCUGAAGUUUAUUACAACAGGCCAGAUGUGCAGAAAGCUCUCCAUGCCAACAUAACCAGAAUUCCUUAUAAGUGGACUGCUUGCAGUGAGGUUUUGAAUCGAAAUUGGAACGACACAGAUGUAUCGGUUCUUCCUAUUUACAGGGACAUGAUAGCUGCUGGUUUGAGGAUUUGGGUUUUCAGUGGAGAUGUGGAUUCAGUGGUGCCAGUUACAGCCACUAGGUACUCCCUUGCACAACUCAAAUUAGCAACCAAAAUUCCAUGGUACCCCUGGUAUACUAAAAAGCAGGUGGGAGGGUGGACAGAGGUGUAUGAAGGGCUGACAUUUGCAACAGUGAGAGGAGCAGGUCAUGAAGUCCCACUUUUCAAGCCAAGAGAAGCUCUUCAUUUGUUCAAAUCAUUCAUUCAAGGGAAGCCCCUUCCAAAGUCCUCAUGA